AUGCUCAACGUCAUUAUUGUCGGUGCCGGAAUUGCGGGCCUAUCGGCAGCCAUUUCGCUUCGACGGGCUGGCCACUGCGUCCACUUAUACGAGAAGUCGUCGAUGAACAACGAGAUCGGUGCUGCCAUACACGUACCUCCCAAUGCGAGCAGAUUUCUGACAGCCUGGGGGCUGGAUCCUGUUCGAUGGCGCUGGGUAAGGGCGCGGCAUGCGGACUUGGUUGAUCCUUUUACUCUGCAGCCGAGAGCUGCCGUGUACAACGAGAAGUCGGCUGCUUCUGUAGGCGGCCUACCCCUGUGGUUAUCCCAUCGUGUCGACCUACACAAUGCUUUGAAAUGGAUGGCCACCAGAUCUGAUGGCCCUGGUGCUCCGGCCACGAUUCACCUAGACUCGCUGGUGAUGGCAUUGAAUCCUUUGAAACCAUCCAUCACGCUCGCAACUGGGCGUGAAAUAUGUGGCGAUCUAGUCAUUGCGGCUGACGGUGUCCACUCCAUCGCUCCCGAAGCCAUCUUGGGCCGUAAAGUCGAAGCCGUUGAUCCCGUGCACGCAAAUUACUGCUAUCGCUUCCUCAUCCCUGUAGAGACGUUGGAGGCAGAUCCUGAAACCAAAUUCUUUACCGAGGGCCGUGAUGGGUACAGUCAACUAUUUGCAGACGACAACUCACUACGCCGACUCGUAGUAUAUCCUUGUCGAAACAAAGCAACGGAUGUCAAGUGUUGGCCACUACUCUACCGACAUCCCUUACCAACCUGGAGCAAGGGUCGAUUGACACUGGCUGGCGAUUCUGCACAUCCAAUGCUGCCUCAUCAGGGUCAAGGCGGCGCCCAAGGGCUUGAGGAUGGCCUUGCUCUUGGCAUCAUUCUUUGUGGUGCCAAGACGCCGGCCGAAAUAGAAAGGCGUUUGGAGAUUUAUUAUACGACUCGACAUAGAAGAACAAGCGUCAUUCAAAUUCUCAGCAACGUUGGCGCGGAUCAGGCAGGCCUGGUGCGAGACGAACUACGCCAGUACAUGAGCGACGACGAAAUACCCCGUAAGUGUCAUGGCAUGGCUGUUCAUAGCAAGUCCAGCUAA